AUGGUCACAGCACCUCCAACAACACCUUCGGCAAGUAAUGGUUUCACCUCCGCCAUACCUGAGGAUAAUUUAGAAGAUUUAAAAAUCAUUGGCCAUUUGAAAAAUAUUGAAAAACUCAAUGAAAAGCGUCGGGUUUUCCUAAGCAAUACCAUAACCUCGGAAUAUUCAAGUGAUGAGAAAACUGAAUCCACCACCAAGCAGAUCAACAAAGAAACUGCUGCUGCUGCGUCUUCCUUCAAGGGGCCUGAAGAAAACGGCAAUGAUACUGCCGCUAACAACUACAAUGCCAAACGAGUUCUGGUACGUGAACAACACAUUGAUAGCCUAUCCGAUAUUGAGCAACAUACCGAACGGACAACAGGUCCAGCCAACGGCAUUUCUCCGAAAUAUGCCACACUGCCUAUGAAGGCACCGAGAACUCCGAAUACACCACCGCCCAAGCCGCCUAUGCUCAGUCGUACACGUAGCAUUGGUAUUGGUGACAGUCAUUCAAUGAGUUCUCCACCACCCAUAGCCACCAUACCAGAAUUUCCCAUAUCCCCAACUGCCUAUGAAACCAACAACAAUGCCACCACACCAACAGCUGCCCAGGAUGCC